AUUGCAAUUGAGAGGCGGGGCCAAAGGUCGAGCUUUCCCCCCUCCUCGCUCUCUUCAAGGGAGAGGAAAUCCUAAGGAAAUGUGUGGGAUCACGCUCUGUUUCCUAGUAGCCACUGUUUUAUUUACAUAGUAUGUUCCUUGCCUGACGUUAGUCUGUGGUGCAUACCGAUCGUGCGAUACAAACACGGGUGUGGUGGCCGACAAGUAAGGGGGGGAAUAGGGGAAGCGACCGUCGUUAGGUCAAAAUGUCGAUUCACUAUGAGGUAGAACAGCUGCCUGACAGCUACGGGGUUCCGGACUCGUUCCCCAAAGAUUUCGGUUAUGGUGAAGAGACCGACAUCGAGGACAACCCGGCGCCGUCUGAUAGCAAACCGAGAAUCCUGCUCAUGGGUUUGAGAAGAAGUGGCAAAUCAUCGAUACAGAAGGUGGUUUUCCACAAGAUGUCUCCCAAUGAGACCUUGUUCCUGGAAAGCACCAACAAGAUUUACAAGGACGACAUCUCCAGCAGCUCGUUCGUCAACUUCCAGAUCUGGGACUUCCCAGGCCAAGUCGAUUUCUUCGACCCCACCUUCGAUUACGAGAUGAUCUUCAGAGGAACCGGGGCGUUGAUAUUUGUCAUUGAUGCUCAGGAUGAUUAUGUGGAGGCUCUGGGCAGGCUUCAUCUCACUGUGUCACGGGCCUAUAGGGUCAAUCCAGAAAUCAACUUCGAAGUGUUUAUCCACAAAGUGGAUGGCCUGUCAGACGAUCACAAGAUCGAGACCCAGAGAGACAUCCACCAGAGAGCUAAUGAUGACCUGGCCGACGCUAGCUUAGAGAAGCUGCACCUCAGCUUUUACUUGACGAGUAUUUAUGACCACUCCAUCUUUGAGGCCUUCAGCAAAGUUGUGCAGAAGCUCAUCCCUCAGUUGCCCACUCUGGAGAACCUCCUCAACAUCUUCAUUUCUAAUUCAGGGAUAGAGAAAGCCUUCCUGUUUGAUGUGGUCAGCAAGAUCUACAUCGCCACUGACAGCUCUCCUGUAGACAUGCAGUCCUACGAACUGUGCUGCGAUAUGAUCGAUGUGGUCAUUGACGUUUCCUGCAUCUAUGGCCUGAAGGAGGAUGGCAGCGGCAGUGCUUACGACAAGGAAUCAAUGGCCAUCAUCAAGCUGAACAACACCACUGUGCUGUACCUGAAAGAGGUCACAAAGUUCCUGGCCCUUGUCUGCAUCCUGCGAGAAGAAAGCUUUGAGCGCAAAGGAUUGAUAGACUAUAACUUCCACUGUUUCCGGAAGGCCAUCCAUGAAGUGUUUGAGGUGGGCGUUUCCACCCAGCGCCCAGUGGGCCCCCAGGCUGUGGGCUCGCCCUGCAACAAGGCUGUUGCAUUGAACGGCACGCCACUCAACACUGUCUAGACACUGAUGCAAAAUAUAAAAUAAAAAGAUGCAAAAAGAGGGAAGAGGAAAGGAAAGGCAGAGAAGGGCCAGGGAGCCUGUGGAGGAGAGACUACUAAACUGGGGCUCACCAGCACACCGAUCACAAUCCCUUGCUCCCAGCACCUAAAGCACUGAGAUGGCUUGAGCCAAGAGAGCAUGGGAGCAGCACUGGAGCACAAGAGGGGUCAGGCUGAAAUGGAAGGGAAAUUCAAGCAUCCUUUUCAGGCAAAUGCAAAGCACCGUGUUGGCUGUGAGGAAGUCUAGAGAGUAAAACUGCACCUGGACAGAAAAAGGUGUUGGUUGUCACUUUGGAUUUCCUAAAGCGGUCAAAGGCUGUGAUAUUUAGCUGCUGGUCUUUCUGUAUGAACAAUGUAAGGAGGGAAGACAAACCUUCGUUGUAACUUCUUUCUAUGGACAAACUGUGAUGUCAGUUUGCAGGAAUCUGUCUAGUGAUAAACCCACGCUGACCACUUCUGUGCUGAUAUAAAAGAUGGUGGAUGUAAACUGCAAGUCCUUACCCACACGUUCAGAGAUGGCCUUACAUAGAUGAAGCUUGACAGGAGUGCAAGCUUUCUCUCACUGACACUCACCUCACCCGACCUGAAUGCUGCCCAGAACUCACUUUUUUGGUUUCACUUAUGAAAGGAAAACAAGGUUUUAUGAACAGGCUGUCCAUCUAAAUUGGUCUGCGUGCGUGCGCGUGUGUGUGUGUGUUUCAAUGAAAGAUUAGAUUAGAUCCCAGACUGGGCUCUUUGUUUGUACUGGUGAAGGCUCUUUAUAUCUGUUUGUCUUGUCAGUAACAGCAGCUUAGUAUAAUUAAACUCUUUGCAAUCAGUGAAAGUAACUUUUCUCUGUGCUCCAAUGAAAAUCAAACUUUUGACUGACUUUGAUAGGUUGGAAAUAUAGAAAUGUUUUUGCAAAAGCACUGCCAAAAAUAUUAAAGGAUAACUUUUUUUUUUUUAACCUGCUCUAUUUCUCUAAAGGUUGUAUGGUGCCUCUAGAGCUAAUGUCAUGGUCUCUGUUGUAGAGAUUCAGUGAAAUGAGUUAAAUAGCGUCAUCUGGGCAAUCGGUUGGCCUCCGAGAGCUCAGAAUAAACAUGAUGUCAGUCAA